CCCACAUUCAUUUACCAACACACACACUUGACACACAAAUGGCCUCCACCUCCGCAGUGUUCAUGGCGGCGCCCGUGGCCCAAAACAGGCAGCUGCCACCCUCCGCAUUCCUGAAGCCGUUGCCGGUGAGGCCGUCGAAGGUGUCGGCGAAGCCAGCCGUGGGGAAGUUCCAAGUGAGGGCUUCGCUCAAGGAGAAGGUGGUGACGGGCCUGACCGCGGCUGCGCUGACUGCUUCAAUGAUCGCCCCCGACGCCGCGGAGGCGGCCGUCAGUCCCUCUCUCAAGAACUUCCUCCUCAGCAUUGCCUACGGCGGCGUUGUGGCGGUCGCCAUCGUCGGUGCCAUCGUUGCCGUCUCUAACUUCGAUCCUGUCAAGCGGGGCUGAUCAUGUGUUGUUGUUCACGCUUCUCUUUUAUAUUAAUGUGUGUAUGUUUUGCUCUUUCUUCUUUCUUUUAGUUGUCCAAUAUUUGAAUAUUUGAUCACAUUUCGUCUAGGAUGAACAAGUGUUUAUCUAUUUAAUAAAUAUGCAUGAAUUAUAAUUUAA